AUGAAUAAUAAAAAAAAUUUAGAAUCAAAAAGAAGCAUAAAUAAAUCCAUUUGCAUAAUCGAAUUCUUUUUAGAAGAUAACUUUACUCUGGUGUUAUCUGGCAAUUUGAAUUUAAAGAAUGAAGAUAAUAAAAUAGUUAGUAAUUAUAAUAUUAAACAAUAUUUAAAAUUUGAAAUCAGGAUUCCAGGUUAA